CACAAAAAUUAUUAAAAAUGUCGCGAUACGAAGCGCAAAUGUGCUCGGACUCAGCGCCGUUUUAUAACAGUGAAACCAGUUACUACAAUAGCAUGCGACUUAUGGACAUGCCUUCAAUGGAUCAUACUUGGAGUACAUCCUAUUGCACUGAAAACAAUAAUCAAGACUGUUGUCAAAUAAAUGGAGCAUGUUUAAAUAAUAAUCUUGUAACAAGUCACUUUUAUCGAUCACCCAGUUACUGUCCAGGAUCUUCAUCUGAAAUAGAAGAUGUGGAAAAACAUUUCCAUGAUGGCUUGUUUACACAUGCACCAGUUAAAACUAUUCCCAUGCCUGCUGUUCGGGUUAUAAAAAAGCGCAACACAGCAAAUAAAAAGGAAAGACGAAGAACACAAAGCAUCAAUAAUGCAUUUUCUUGUUUACGUGAGAAGAUACCGAAUGUACCAUCCGAUACUAAAUUAUCUAAGAUAAAAACUCUAAAACUUGCUAUAUUAUACAUAAAAUAUUUAGUUGAAGUUUUGGAUGGUGAUCAGGAUCCUAAAACUGGAUUUCGAGCAGAUCUUAAGCCAUUGCACCGAAAAAAUUCCAAUGAAAAAAGAGCAUAUUUAAAAAAUGAUAUAAAGAACAUUUAUCGACCGAACAAAGGACGCACAGGAUGGCCACAAGAUGUUUGGGCGUCUGAACUAAUUCCUGAGCAAGAAUAAUUGGUUCUAAUCAUAAAAACAAUUUUAAAAAUUCAAUGUAUGUAUUUAAUAUACUCCACUCUUUAAAUAUCGAAUAGUAGGAGCAAAUUAUAUGAAGAUGGCAUUGCCAUACAUAAACCCGUCGUAUUUGUAGCGAAACUGAAACUGAAGCUGAAGAGAAAGCUGAUAUUGAACCAAAAAUACAUACCCAUCAAUUCAUGACUGUACGUAUAAACAAUCUGAAUCAAUCAUAAAAAAAUGUUUGUAUGAUGUAUGGA